AUGGCUGCGGGUUACGUUCCCCAGAAUUCCCCCAGUCCCCACCUCCGGCUCACCCGUGCCCAGCCACCAGCUCUAUUGCGGUGGAGAUAACACACAUACGACGGUUAUUGUACCUGGUACUCUUUUGGAUCUGGGAAUUCAGAGACUCCCACAUCGAUGUACGGAUAUCCAGAGGCUGGGAUGAAGAGCCUUUACACACUUUGUUCAAUGAAAUGGGUGCCAUAGAUUUUUACCCCCAGGCCCGAGCCGAGCCGAGGCGCAGGCGACUACUGACAUAUGGCAUAGACUGGGAUGGUACUGGGAUGGCACUGGUACGAGAGCGGUACUGGGGGCAAUCCUAACCCAAACUGUGCCUGGCAGAUAAGAGCGUCGAAGAUUUAUUGCCAACGCAAUGAGUUAAGAAAGACAAGUACCUAAGGGAAAAAUACAGCAGCAGCAGCCAGAGAUGGAGAUGGAGAUGGAGCGGGAUCUGGAGACGAUGAUGAUGAUGAUGAUACGAGUACGAUGACGAUGACGAGUUUGUAUGUACAACACAAUGGGAAAACAGCUCGAAGAGCAGCAGCAGUAAUAAUGAUGGAGCUGCCGCAUACUGACAAAGUAAAUGAUGGGGAAUCAAGUGGAGUGGAGCAGAGCAGCGAAGAGAGAGAGCAGGAGGAGGGAGAUGUGGUGGCCUGGUUACCCGACUGGUCCUCUGAUUGUCUCUGAUGGGUGGAUGGGUGGCUGGGUGGAUGGUUAGUGCCUGGCAGGCAAAUAAUGGCUGACAGCAUACGUUGUGUCUUGAGACAGUUUCAAGAUGGCGCUCGCAUCUGCUUCUUUUAUGUGUACAAUCGAAGCCGCGCAGAUGGAAGGGUCUCCGGUCUCCUCCAGAUGGGGUUGGAAGAAACAAUCAGAGUACACUGGAACACAAAUAGAUACUCCAUUGAAAGGAUACGUAAAGCUCCCUGAAGCUUUAUAAUUUCUCCAAGUCGCUCAAUGAAUCGAAAUGGAUUAUCUGAUGUGAUUUUAAUCAUUUGUUCCGAAUGGAUAUAUACCCUUGUGCCACUGGUUUUCAUUGCUUUUCAAGAUGAGCUCGAGAUACAUUAUUCUGGUUCAACUACUUGUGGUUUUACAUCUAUUGAGAGGCAUCGCGUCCAAGUUCGAGUUUACAAACAUCAAAUGCAAUUCCCUGGAUAAGGAAUUCGAUGAUUUUGAGUAUUGCUAUCUGAAGUCGGUGAACAGAAGCUACAAGUACAUGUCGCUGAAAGUGAAUUUGUAUAAAAUUCCCAUCACUAAAGUCAAAGUUAAUUUUUCCCUGCUCAAGCGAUUCAGCGGCUACAAACCAUUCCUCUAUAAUUUUACUGUGGAUGCUUGCAAAUUCCUAAGCAACCGAAAGUCAAACCCCGUCGUUACUUACUUUCAUGAGCUGUUCAGGGCCCACUCCAAUAUGAAUCAUACAUGCCCCUUCGAUCACGAUAUUGUUCUGGAUAAGCUUUCUACCAAGUUUGUUGAUCAGAAAAUCACAGAAGUUCUACCCUUUCCUCAUGGGGACUAUCAGCUGCACACCAGCUGGCAUGCCUACGGUAUAAAUCGAGCUGAGGUCGAUAUAUAUGGCACUCUUUCCCACAACUUUGAAAACUAAAGAAAUAAACUGAGAAACAUCGCUACUUUCCAAUGCAGUCUUAUCUCUAAAUAAAGAAAUCUCUAGCUGAACUAUACCGAGACAAUCUAUAAAUUUGAUUUGCAUACCCGUUAGAGGUAGAGGUACAUAUAUUAGAUCUUUGGUAAAAGUGAAUGUGAAUAACACCCCGAAAGAAACGUUUCCGACCCCAAAAGCAUAUAUGUACUUAAAUGUAUAUGUUUCUUAAAUUCGAAAUUAACGGAUCAGAUGUAAAACCAUCGUAUUUUUACGUGAAGACUUUCGGGAGAUGCUGUCUUAUAUUUCGAAGACCUUUGUUACAAGCCUCCAAUGAUUUCGGCUCCAUGCUAUAUAUAUUGUACACUGAGUGCGCUUUCAACUAUGAGCUGUAAUACUCGUCAGUACUGUCAAUCGAUUUAUUAAACCCGUCACGCCUGACUAUGGGAAUGGAUUAUCUGAUGUGAUCACUUUAAUCGCUUGCUCCAAAUGGGCAUUAAAUACUCCGCAACUAAUACUGUGCCGCAACUGUCCGGAACACAUAUCGUAUUGCCCUGAUAUUCGGUGUGUCAGUGCAAAAUGAGUCCCACGUACAUUCUUCUGGUUCAACUUAUUUUAUUCCUAUAUCUAGUUAGAGAAGCGCGUAUCG